AUGAAUAAGUUUUUGGAGUUCGGAAGGAAGGCGCUUUUCUAUGCGAAGGUGCUUUCAGGAUAUGAAGAACGUAGAAUCCGGAAUUAUAGAUUGAUGCUGGAGAAGCGUCUCCAACAGGCCGAAGAAAAAAAAUUGGCCUUGAGAAAGCUUCCUGAGCAGACUAUACUUACAGAAGUUCGUGCUAUGGUUGAGGAUAUGCAAGCAUUGAAUAAGAAGCUCGAAGAAACUGAGGCUGCCAUCGACGAUUACUUCAAGCCAAUCAACACGCAAGCCGAGAUCCUAAUGAAACAGCAACUCGAGGGGGAGGAGCAGACAAUGACAGAGAUGAUGAAGGUUCUGGAAACGAAAGCUAUGAUCGAGGAGGCCCAAACACAUAAACCAUCAAAAGUAGAUCAAAUCAGCGCCUCAGAAACCCACAGCCAGGAAACAGAGUCUCCCACCAAGCAGGAGGCUCAAAUGAGAUAA